AUGGCUGAACAACAAUCUCUGUUCUUUGCUCAGCAACUGCUGGGGGUGAUGUUAAAUCAUUUAUACUGCUUACUUAAUGAUGCCGUUUCCGUGCAAAACCUUCAACCAGACAACAUCCCUGAUGACGAGCAAGAUGAAACUGAUCAAGCAAUGGAUAUUGUUAUGGAUUAUAUCUCCAAUGUCCGAAGCUACAUGACAACUUUGGGUCAAAAGAGACAGAACACAGUGGACGAAGAUGAUGUGCCAUCUGGGAUGAAUCAUUCUAUAGUUAGUAUAGAUCAGGAGAGCAGCAGCAAUUGGCCAGAUAUGGAUGUUAUGGAUGCAAUUGAAGAUGGUAUCAGGAGAAACAUUGUGCCAGUUGUUCAGGAUUACCUGUUGCAACAAAAUUUACCUCAUCUGGCUCAGCUCUCAGAAGUAUUUCGUUUGGGCCUUCUUCGCAGCAUAGAAUAUUUGCAAAGAGGACAAUUUGAUGAUGCUUCUCUAUUAAUUUCAAAUUUGGGUUUUAGUCCAAAUGAAAAGUACUGGUCAUUUGCACAGUACACAAACGAUCAUGCUUUACGUGAUUGUAUCUUGAAUUAUUUAUCCAAGACUGGUGAAGAGAAAGAAAUUGUGACAUAUUUCUGCAAGCUGCAAGAAGCAUAUAACUGCGCAUCAUUUGAAAGGGUUAAAGAAAAUCUACUCCCACUUAGUGGUUGGAAAGGUUUGGAUCCUGUUGCUGCCUGCAUGACAAUCAGCGCCUCACAAUAUGACCUCAGGAGCUCCUGUGGGGAAAUAAGCCCCGACCAACAGCAUAUACCUGCUUCUCUCAAUAACAACCGCUACUGUGAUGUCCUCUUGGACUGGCUACUCUCAUGGUCAACUGAUGUACAACAGCUGGUUCUCCUUGAUGCACAGAUGACUUCUCAAAGUUGUUCAGUUCAGUACCCAGAUAUUCCCAACCAUGUGAUGUGGGAGUACCUUGUCAGUCACAAUCGGAUUGAUGCUGCUCUUAAUUGGUUAUCAGAACACAUCGCCUUAAAAAAGGAUGAAGACAGUCCUGAUGACACUCUAUCAUAUCAACAAAUUCUACACACUGUAAAGACAUCAGCAACAAGCUACCUCAGAGAACUGAUUUACAUGCAACUGGCACGAAAUGGUAUUUUGGAUAGUAGUGUUCCGACUGGAAAAUUUGGCCGUUUCUUGCAGCUGCUUUGUCAGCUGGGUGGAGUUUUAAAGAUCCCAUCACCUGUUUCCCAUAUUGACAAUAUCUACAUUGAAUUACAUCAUUUCCAUCAAGACUUUAUUGCUUACUGCACUGAGAACAGAUUUGGGUAUUUGCUGUGGAAGUACUGUGAGAAGAAUCAAAUCACUCCUAAGCAAUUGUCCCUGCAACUCUUUGAUGAUCAUCAUAUCAUGUGGAUCAAAAUGUUCCAAAACUUUUAUUCUCUUUCUUUGAAUCCUUAUGACAUAUCCCCGAUGUAUGAAGCUAGUUUGGCCAAUGCAGGAGUAGUAUGGAAUCUGCGAGAAUCUACAGUUGCUGGCCUGGUCCAGCAAGGCCAUGUUUUGGCAGCUCUUGCAACUACCCUAUAUGGCAAUGAUCUUCUAACAUCUAUGACCUCAAGCCUUGGUGUUCCUGACCCUUUUCAAGGAAUAGACAUGGACACUCUUGAAGACAGUUUACUCCAAUUUCCUCGUCUACAUGAUGCUUUGUUUCCAACAUCUAUUAAGAAAGCUUCUCAAUAUGAUAUCACAGUUUAUCAAUUGCUCAGGGGAAACAGUCCAUUUGAUCCCGCACGCCUCUUUGGCUGGCACAGCACAAAUACAGUUGCUGGGGAAGACAGCCUUAAAGUGAUGCCUCAUUUCUCUCUACCGGAGCUUAUGUCCAAAUAUGCACAACCAGAAGGCAUCCAGUUUACUUAUUACCUACGGCAGGGCAGACCCACAUUUGCUUUUUGUUCUUUUGUAUCAGAAGAGUUCACCCAUGGAACUGUCCUGGCUUCACACAGAAUCCAAGCUGCUUGCUGGAUAGCAACCAAGAUAGGUGUGAAGUCUUUCUAUCAACCACAAAUUGCAGCAUCUUGUUCUGCAUUUAUUGAGAUGUUGGGAGGUAACAGCAUACUUUUAAGACUCCUUGUUGAUGUUGGCAACAAGGUUGUGACCCACAAAAAUGCCAAGCUGAUGUCAUGGGGUGGAGGCAUCCAGUGGAGAAAGGAUUAUUGCAAGCAGCAUGAAGAAGAAACAGGUCGUCUCUUGAUGGCAUGCUUUAAGCAGAGAGGGGACUGCGCUUCUGAACUUUUACACCAAUUAGAAGAUGCUAUUAUGUUAAAGCUAGAGGAAGAAGAUGUAUCUCCUUUCAGCUUUGAAGCAGGCCACAUGUGGACCCUGUCAGUUUUGUUGUGUAUUCAACUACAUUUGCCCUAUCCUACAAAAUACUUGGAGAUAUGUGCCAGCACCAACAACUGGUUACCCUUUCUCUGGUUUGCCCAGCUUCACCAAUAUCCUAAGGAGCAGUUACACCAGAUGGUUUCCUGGUUCCCGAAUUCCCAUUUGAGAGACCAUAUAUUUUAUGUAUUAAAUAAUGCUCAGAACCGAUUCCUGGCAGAGCUUGCUAUGCCUCCCACAGGAGAUGACACCAAACGUCCCAGAUCCUUCCGCAGUGGUUUUUACUCUAGGCUAGGGAUGUCUAAGAGCCUUGAUACAACACAGAGCAGCUCAGAUGAGGAAGAAGAUACGUUGUCACUUGCUUCUUUCAAAAAUGAAAAUAAGGACACGGAUCUGGAAUUUGAAUUGAAAUCUGAAUCUGCUGCUGAUGAUGUUUUCCGAGUGAUAUUCUCUGCUCAAGCAACAAAAUCCGUUUGGAAAUCUCUUCUUGCUCAUGGCAUUGCAUUACGCAAUCCUUUGUUCACCGAACUGGCAGCAUGUCAGAAGGAUGCUAAUAUUCUGAGUUGUCUGUGUGGCUGGCUUCUGUCUGUAAUGGAUCCACCAAGACAUACACAGUUUUUGAACCAACAUUCCCACAUUGUCACCAAGUGGAACUUGGAUCAUCUCAGAGAACUCUUGGAAAUAUUUCUUAACAACAACUGGAUAUCAAAUCUUGCCACUGGCUUUGCCAUUUUCCAAAUGGAUACCCCAUUAGCACUUUUCCUCAAGUUUUUAUCCUGCUGUCUUGAGAAACACAAUUAUUCUGAAUGCCACAGUCUUCUGGAACAGUUUAAGCAUUCCCUUCUUUCCAAGCCUAAGGGAGAAAGAACUUCGGUCAGCCAGAUGCCACCAAGCUUCUGCAUGAUUGGAGAUCUCCACUGGCAAGAGCACACAUGUCAGUGUCUGGUACGCCACCUGCUGGCCAGUCUUCUUAACAUUUAUGACAUCCUACAACUUCUCAAAUACUUACAUCAUUGUAACAUUGCAUCUGUGUUCACAUCACUGCCAGGUUUAAAUUAUGGUCAGUUAUUAAAAGUGGCUCAAAUCCUGCAUGAGAACCAAUUAUCAAUUUCCUUCCAUCUGUUCCUGGUCAGUGAUCAGAAGCUCCUCACUUCACAGCUUGAACCACUGGUUACAAACAUUGUAAGCAAGAAACUUUAUGAUCAUGCUCGGAUGCUGUGUGAAUUUGCCAAAAUUAGUCAUGAGGAUGUAACCAUGAAAGAGGUUGUUAAUGAAAAAGAAGAACUACAAAAGAGUCAUGCCUGGCUUUCAGAAUUGGUUCGCAUCAAUUUUUGGAAAGAAUGCCUCAAUAAAUUUACUGAACAUGGAGUGUCACCCAUGAAAAUUGUUCAGUUUUAUCUGAAUGAGAUCAAAAAAUGUCAGAAUGGCAGUAGUAAUAUGAAUGAACAAGCCAUCAUGUAUGAGUUGUGUGUGAAGAGUUUGCUUGAUGCUCCGGACCCAUCGGGAAAUCUUUAUGCAAAUACAGUUAAUGAACUCACUCACAAGAUGUGGUACUGUCGCAUUAUGGCCAGGGUACCAAAGAUUGAGCGAAUCCCUUCACUGGUAGCUCCUAUAGAUGAAAUGUUUGUUGGACUUGAAGAAAUUCCACCAAGCCAUUUGAAGACUUCAGCCCUCAAGACGGAACUUCUACAACACGGGAAGAUGCCUAAUAUAUCCCAAAAGCCCAGUGAGUUUUCUGACAGCGAGCAGCGUGCACUGAGCCUUCUUAUUGGAGAGCUGCUAGAUGAGGCUCGUCUCUCUGAUUGCUGUCGAAUUGCUGCUGAGUUCUACUUUUACAGCCAGGACCUUGCCAUUAUACUGACUUGCAUCCGACUGAGCAUUGGAUCAAUUUCUGUAGAUGAGAUUGUUCCAGAAAUAAAGCAAUUGCUGAGUCAAUCUGCUGAUAUCAAUAUGAACACGACCACAGGUUUUUCCCGACAACUCAGCAAUGGGGCAUCUUUAUUCCGGUUAUCCAAUGGAACUGAACAUUUUCCCCUCUCUCUCUAUCUGUUUUCCCUCCCCCUCUCUCCCUCUCUCUAUCUGUUUUCCCCUCCCUCUCUCUCCCCCUCUCUAUCUGUUUUUCCCCUCUCUCUCUGUCUGUUUUUCCCCUCUCUCCCCUCUAUCUCUGUUUUCCCCUCUCUCUCUCUGUUCUGUUUUUCCCCAUCUUUUUUUCCCUCUCUCUCUGUUUUUCCCCUCUCUCUGUUUUCCCCUCUUUCCUGUUUUUCCCCCUCUCUCUCCCCCCCUCUCUCUGUUUCCCCUCUCUGUUUUUCCCCCCUCUCUCUCUGUUUUUCCCCUCUCUAUCUGUUUUCCCCUCUCUCUCCUUUCUGUUUUUAUCUGUUUUUCCCCCUCUCUCUCUGUUUUUCCCCUCCUCUCUAUCUGUUUUUCCCCCUCUCUCUCUAUCUGUUUUUCCCCCUCUCUCUCUAUCUGUUUUUCCCCCUCUCUCUAUCUGUUUUCCCCUCUCUCUCUAUCUGUUUUUUUCCCCUCUCUCUAUCUGUUUUUCCCCUCUCUCUAUCUGUUUUCCCCUCUCUCUCUGUUUUUUCCCCUCUCUCUCUAUCUGUUUUUCCCUCUCUCUAUCUGUUUUCCCCUCUCUCUCCUGUUUUUCCCCUCUCUCUAUCUGUUUUCCCCUCUCUCUCUAUCUGUUUUCCCCCUCUCUCUCUAUCUGUUUUUCCCCCCUCUCUCUCUAUCUGUUUUUCCCUCUCUCUCUAUCUGUUUUUCCCCCCUCUCUCUAUCUCUUUCUUUUUCCCCCUCUCUCUCUAUCUGUUUUUCCCCCUCUCUCUCUAUCUGUUUUUCCCCCUCUCUCUCUAUCUGUUUUUCCCCCUCUCUCUAUCUGUUUUCCCCUCUAUCUGUUUUCCCCCCUCUCUAUCCCUUUUUCCCCUCUCUCUUUUUUUCCCCUCUCUCUCUAUCUUGUUUUCCCCCUUUCUCCCUCUGUUUUCCCCCUUCUCUCUAUCUGUUUUCCCCCUCUCUCUCUAUCUAAGCUCUCUCCCCUCUCUCUCCCUCUCUCUCUCUCUCCUUCUCUCUCUCUCCCCUCUCUCUCCUUAUCUCUCUCAAAUUCUCUCUCCUUAUCUCUCCUCCUUCUCUCUCUUAGCUCUUCUCCCCUCUCUCUUUCUCUCUCUCUCCUUCUCUCUCUCUCCUUCUGUCUCUCUGUCUCUUUCUCUCUCUCUCUUUCUCUCUCUCUCUCCCCUGUCUCUCUUUUUUGUUCUCUCUCUCCUUCUCUUCUCUCUCUUUUCAUCUCUCUCUCUCUCCUUUCUCCUUUCUCCUUCUCUCUCCUUUCUCCUUCUCUCUCCUUUUUUAGGUAGCUUAACAGGAGUUGGCAAUUUAACUUUGACUCCAGAACAGGAACAAAAGAUCACCAUAAUGGAACAACUGUAUGGCCUCUGUGUGCAGGGCAAGCAGUGUUGUCGCAGGGUCCUCACUGCUAAGAAGAUUGCACUAGUUUUGGGCCGGAAGUAUGAAUUUGUCAUUACAAGUGAUGAGUUUACAAUACUUGAAAUGCUUUUAAAGGUUGAGAAUAGUGUCCGUUUUCAUUUAGCUAAGGAGUUUUUAGCUACAAGCACAGUUACUGAUACUCAGCUGGCUGGAUUUCUUGCAGAUGCCAUAUUAAAAUCUUUAAAAAUCUGUGCUGCAGAAUUGAGAAGCCCAGACUCUAAUUCUCCAACUGCAGUUGAACAUGACUUAAUCUUUAAUCCCAUUGGCCCAGCCGGUGGGGACAGUCAACAAUUCUUACAGCUGUGUCAGGAUCCUAGUCGUCUUGGUGACCGUCUCUUGGAUGCUGUUGCAUCCUUAGCAUCAGACACAAACCCAGAUGUAUUGACUGUUCAAACUCAACUGCUUAUCUUAGCACAUCGGUGUCACACAGCUGCUUGUAACAUGGAAGGCAUCUCUAAUGUCUUGAGGGCUGCUCGGGUUCUCAACCAGUGCCUCUCACAAGCUGAAGAGUUCCCUCUCAUGAUCCAGCUGUUGACUGGUGUUGGUCGUUUUAAUGAAAUGACUUAUAUAUUUGAUGCUUUGAAACAACAUCACCAAUUUGAGCUUCUUUUAAGAAAAGGAAUGGAAAAGGAAGACCAACUAAAGGUGGCAAUUCUUGACUAUCUGAAACGUUUCCAUGCCAAUGAUAGUGACAGUUACACAAUGGUUGCCAUUAAUUUCACAAUGUUCCGAGAGAUAGGACAGAUGCUGGAAGAGUUGGCCCAGAAAAACUUAGUUAUUCUAAAAAGAAAACCUUUAGUGAAUUCUGCUGAAGUAGAAACAACACUGCACAAAAUUCAUCAAUAUUUCUCAGAUGCGUCUGAAAGUUAUAUGAAGGACAAUAUUCUCCGUCAUGCUGAAUACUGUGUGCGUCAGGCACGUCUCGUCCGACUACAGCUUGACUUGCUUUCUUCAGGGAUUCAUGUCAUCAACCUUACCCCAGAAGAUGCUGUCAACUUUAUCAUACAACAUCCUAAAUUUUCAGAGGCCUUAGUUGUGAGUGAAGCAUAUAAUAAAACUGCUGUUUGGGGAGAAGCAUUGUGUAACCGGCUCAUAAUUCAUGGAGACUUUCGUUAUCUGCAAGAUUUGAAAGCUUAUAUCAGACUUAAUCCCGCUCUCAUAAUUGAUACAAUUGACCGGUAUAAGCAGCUCCCUCAGAAACCAUCUCAGUGUGAAGGAAACCUAAAGAAAUUGCUCCUUUACUGUAAGGACUUGCGUCUUCAGUACCAAAUUGCCAGAGAAUUAGGGUUGAAGGAUUUCCUGUCUCAGUUGGAAACUGGCCACAACUCUGCAUACAUUAUGGACAUUGCUGCAUCUCGAGGCAGCGCACACUUUGCUUUCUGA